GUCAGUUCACACGCCUGCCAUAGUCAGACGGAGAAGAGGAAGAGAGCCAGGACUACAAUGGCGAGUAGCGGCGUCGGUAGGAGUAUUUUCAGGCCGAAUCUUUUCAAAGGCAAAGUGGCAAUCGUCACCGGUGGAGCAACGGGAAUCGGAAAAGCGGUUGCAGAGGAGCUACUUUACUUAGGAUGUUCGGUGAACAUUGCGUCGAGAAACGAAGACAACUUGAAGAACGCCGUCAAAGAAUUUCAAGAAAGGUUACUACCAGAGAAUGAAAAAGAUCGUGCUACGUAUGUGCCCUGCAAUAUUCGCAAAGAGGACCAGGUGAAAACUCUUAUUCAGCACACACUGGACAAACAUGGCCGCCUCGACUUUCUUGUCAACAACGGAGGUGGCCAGUUCGUAUCAGAAGCGAAGAGCAUUUCACUCAAGGGCUGGAAUGCAGUUGUCGAAACUAACCUGACUGGAACGUUUCUCAUGUGCCAGGAAGCUUACCAGCGUUGGAUGGAGGAACACGGUGGAGCCAUUGUGAACGUGAUAAUAGAGAACUCUCGUGGAUUUCCGUUGGCAGCGCACUCAGGAGCGGCCCGAGCCGGCGUGGAGAACCUGACACGCUCGUUGUCGAUCGAAUGGGCCGCGAGUGGCGUCAGAGUCAAUGCACUCCAGCCGGGCGUUAUUUAUUCAGAGACUGCUGCAAACAAUUACCAGCAUGACUUGUUCACACUGGCUAGACCACGAAUACCGGCUAAACGGGUUGGCAUCACCCAAGAGGUGUCAUCGGCAAUUUGCUUUUUGCUGUCACCAGGAGCGUCCUAUGUGUCCGGAACUACACUAACUGUAGACGCAGCGGGCGCACUCUAUCCUUCCCUCACAUAUGACAUUCCAGAACACGACCGAUGGCCCAAACAUGACAGCUGCUCCGAGGAUGACACGGAAGCGCCAUCAAAACCGUAGCAAUCUUUCCACUGCCAUUUUUAUAUUCCAGGACACUGGCUCCUUGCAUUCCGAUUCAACGUUCAAAACUGGGC